CAAGAGACCUUGUGGCGGGUCUACUUGGGGUCUCUAAAGCGGAUAAUUUUGGAAAAUAUCUUGGAUUACCCUCGUUUAUUGGAAGUAAUAAACGUGCUGUUUUCUCGUAUAUCGAGGAUAAAUCAAGCAAAGGAUUGGGGCAUGGAACAAAAAGUUGUUAACUAAAGCAGGUAAAGAAAUUCUUCUUAAAAGUGUUGCCCAGGCAAUGCCUACUUUCUCAAUGAGUGUGUUCUUGCUUCCAGACUCACUUUGUUUAUCUAUUGAGCGCAUGAUGAACCGGUUCUGGUGGAGUUCAGUUUUUGUUGGAGGAGUAUUUUGGCUGCUCAUGGACUUAUCUGCAGUGGGGUGCGUCGUAGGAUUGGUAAUGGGGCUAACACGUUGGUGUGGGGUGUCCCCUGGCUCUCUGAUGCUCAUGACCCGAUGGUUCAUACCACUAUGCACCCUCAACUCCAAGAAAGUUUGGUCUACACUCGAUGGUGCUCAAUUGGAGGUGGUUGCAGCUGUUCUCUCUGGAAUUUGGCAGGCCAGGAACUCAGUAGUUUGGGAGCUGAAACUACCCUUGCCUCGGCAAACUUGGAAUCUGGCAGCGCAUAAUUUGGAAGCAUGGCGUCAUCUGGUGCACUUCUAUGCUCCUCCUCCCGAACCCGAUCUGAGGCAACACCUCCACGCUGUUCCACAGGGGUCUGAUUUUGAGUUUACCUGCUGGUUUGAUGCAGGCUUCGAGGAGCGGACAGGCAGGGCAACGUUCGGGGCAGUGCUUUUGUCUCAUGAGGGCAGGUUUGUGGCGGCUAUGAAUGGUCCUCUCUUUGAUGUAUUAUCCCCGUUGAUGGCUGAAACAUUAGCAUGCAAGGAAACCUUGGUUUGGUUGAAAGCUAGGGACACUUCCAAUGUCCGUCUUUUCUCGGAUUGCUCUACUCUUUGUCAUUAUUUGGGCUCGGCUUCUACUACUUCCCGGGCAUACAUUGGCAUCUCUUUCCAUGAGUGCAAGGUGUUACUUCGUACUUUUACUAGUUGUUCAGUUUCGUUUGUUCCCCGCUCUUCAAACUCUCUAGCACAUCUUUUGGCUACCAUGGCCUAUUCCCAACCCCAAACUAUGUACUUGGACUCUGUUCCUCCUUUUUUUCCGUCUUUGAUUAAUCAUAUAUGAGUUUUUUCCUUCAAAAAAAAAAGUAAUGUAUAAAUUAUAAUUUAUUUAGUUUUGGCCUCCAGCUCUAGGGGUACCAUCACAUUUUUUGGCCAAAUUUUAAAUUCAUCAUAAAAUUUCCCAAAUUUGACAUGGAAAUUUCUAUUUGCAUAUAAAAUCCUCUUUAAAAGUUUCAUGUCAAAAAGACUUGUUAGUAAUGUAUAAAUUAUAAUUUUGUUACUUUUGGCCUCGAGCUCUAGGGGUACCAUCACAUUUUUUGGCCAAAUUUUAAAUUCAUCAUAAAAUUUCUCAAAUUUU